CUCCUCCCCUCCCCAGCUAUUUAGCGAUGAUUCAGAUGAGCCCUCCCAGCCCUUCGCCUCUGCCCGGACAUCAUCCCUAUCCCUGCUUCAAAGGCCUUUUUCCUCUUCUCCUUUACCAUUACCUCCACCUUCUGCCCACCUAACUCCCUGUCCCUGUCCUCUUCUGCCUCCUCGCUCCCGGCUCCCUAGCUCCUUCCACCUCCGCGCGGCUCCCUUUCCUCUCCAGGUGCGCACCCCAACCCCGGCGCUCCGCUGUGCGCUUGCGCUCUGUGCCCGCGGGAGCCGAGAGGGCAACCGGUGGAACUUGGGCGCCGCGACUGCGGUUUACACAGGAUCCAGGCCUGGGGGCCGACGCCCGCGCCGGCGUGGGACAGGUGGCUGCUCUCGCCCAUACCGCAGCCCUUCUGCCCGCGAUGGGCUGCUCCAGCAGCGUCCUCAGCAAGGCCGGCGACAGCAGCAGGCCCCGCAGCGAAGAAAGUGAGUCCUGCCUUGCCCAACCAAAAGCACACACACUGGGAAGAGAGCCUACUUUUUAUAGCGAAGUACAAAAGGAAAGCCUUCCUCCAUUACAAAAGCUGAAGAUUUCAGCAGUGUCUACAGCGAACGGUGUUAAAUUCCUCCAUGGAGAGCCCCUGGCAAAGGAUGCUGCAGACCAACCCGGAUCCACAGAGAAGACUCAGCCUCUAGAGGGACCCAAGGAGUCUGAGCCACCUCAGCCAGGUGGCAAAGAUGAUACUUCAGGAGUAGAAGAAAAGAAGAAAAAUGUGGAAGUACUAACAGAAGCUCAGGCUUUAAAAGGAAAUGCUGAGCCUGAACCUUUAGGAGCAGAAGCCAAUCAUCAGCCUUUGAGGGAAGCAGGAGAGAGGGACUCUCCUGGAGCAAUGGGAGGUACUGAGGAUCCACAGACUGCUGGACAGAUGACACCUCUAGGAACAGCUGAGAAAACUCCGCCUCCGGAAGCAGUGAGAGAGCCACAACCUCAAGAAGCAAAGGGAAAGGAUGAACAGUUCCAACUCCCAGAAGCAGUUCCUAAGGAGACUGAAUCUCCAGGAAUUUUGGAAAGAUGUCAGCUUGUGGAAACAGCUGAAGAGCAGCAACCUCAAGAAACAUUGGGAAAAGACGAGCAGUCUCAACUUCUAGAAACAAUUCCCAGAAAGAAUGAAUCGCAGGAAGUAUUGAACAGAAGUCAGCUUGUGAAAAGAGCGGAAGAGCAGCAACUUCAAGAAACACUGGGAAAAGAUGAGCAGUCCCGACUUCUAGAAACAAUUCCCACAGAGAAUGAAACACCAGAAGUAUUGGACAGAAGUCAGCUUAUGGAAAGAGUUGUAGAGAAUGAUUCACUCCAUAAAAUUCCUGAAGGUCCAGGAAACAUGGAACAGAUUCAAUCUGAAGGAAUCAUUGGAAGCAUGGAGCAUUCAGCAGGAGUUUUAGAAACAGGGACAAAUAUGGAAAUAGUCAGGAAAAUUCAUACUAAUGAAGAGGAGCAAGACAUUGAAGGUGAGACAGGAGAGAAGGUGGAAACAGAGAUGGAGAAUGAGAAAGUUGAAGGGGCUGAAACAAAAGAAGAAGAAACAGGAGAAGCUGUGGAUCUCUCAGCAACCACAUAGAUAGAUAUGGUGACGGAAGGGUAGACAGACACAGCGUAUCACAAUGGAGAAGACAGAAAACUGGUUGUGAAGCUUGUGGUUACAGAUCUCAUCUCUCAACAUCUGCAUGUUUUAUACAAGGAGUGUGGUUAUCAUGUUUUUGAUUACAUUGCUCCAUAAAACUGCUAAGGUGUAAACAGUUUUCUUAGCUACUUAGAAUAGUUAUACGUUUACAACUACAAUAGCUGGAGCCAAUAACAACUGGAGUCUAUGAUCAUUUAAGAGUGUGUGGGUGUUCUCUUCAUUGUGGCAGUGGGACCAUUCAGUGUAGAAAAUUAAUUAGACCCUAAAAAGAAAUUAUAAACCUUUAGGUAUAGGUGGCUGGAGAAGGCAGUUAGGAAAUUUUAAGGAGCUCAUGAUAAUAGUCACACAGCUAUAAUUAUGAUGGAAUAAGAAUGAACAACAAAAACAGGGCAGAUUAUACCUAGUAUUUCUUUCCUAUCACAGAAUUUAAAGUUGGUAGAAACCUUGGAAAGUAUGUCAUCUAAUUACCUUCUCACCUUAAGUCUGUCUGCUACCAUAGAUCCUUAUUUAUCAUGUAUGUUUAAUAUGUUAACAAAAUGCUGUUGAUUUUACCCUUAUGUGAGGUGUUUCCAUUGGUAUUCUCCUUUGGACUAACAUUAAAGAUAUUUAAAGUUAAUUGACUUUUAAGUAUACUUUAGAGGCAGCAAACAGCAAGAAUUACAACCUAGAUUUGUUGCCUAUGUGGAGUCUAUUCUUUGAGACCUAUUCCUUUUUCAAUUACUGUGAUUUAAUGUUAGGCUUUAGAAGUGGAAAGGAGCUAAAAAAUCAAGAUUUCAAAACCAUUUAUAGAUUAAAAAAAGUCACUUUUCUUGAAAGUCACUUUUCAAGAAUCCUUCCAAAGUUGCCAAGGGAUUUUGGUAAAUGAUUCUAUGUGAAUAAUAAUAAUGAUAGCAAUCUUGCCUACCAUUGAGUGCCUUGUGUUUAUGAAUAUCAGGAUAGAAUUAUAUUCUGGAAACAUUUGGUUUAUUUAUCUUAUUUGUAAAAAUAUAUUUUUAAGAUAACUGCCCAGAUGAAUUAACUAGACUCCUUUACCUUAGCUUCUAUAUUAAAAUGACCACUAAGAUGACCUGUAAUUGAUUUCAAGACUAUAGGAUACAGGGAAGAAUUGUCAUCGUUAUUCUGAUUUUAAUAUUAGUCUGUGUUUCUGACUGUAAAGAGUUGAAGCAGACAAGAGGAGUUACUUGAGUAGAUGACAUCACCCUUUCUGCAGAGUAAAGAAGCUGGAUUGUGACUUUAUUGAGAGCAAGAACUGCUUUAUGUAUCUUUGAAUUUAGCCAUUUAGCUCCUUUAAUGGAACAUGAUAGGUGCUUGAUAAAUACUGGUUGAAUCAAUAAAUGAAUAAUAAAUA